GUCAACAUGGUCAACACCACUGGACAAACUAUUCCGCUCCUGUUUUUCUUCCUGGUGCUGGCUAUCCAUCUCAGUUAUGCCAGUAUCAAUCCAGAGAUCCCAAAGGACUCAUCUUUGGACUCUUCAGGGGAAUCCUACCAGAGCAUUUCCAGACUCAGACGCCUGGCAGUGGAGUUCUUCGACGAAUAUCAGAACCUAACGAUUGCCGAUCUGUCACAGGAUCUGUAUGGCGAUCAGAACAUACGACUAACUUCUGUCGAGGAUCUUAAAUGCCUGGCAGAUCUCCAAACAGUGGCGAGCGAUGUGUCGACAGCCAAGAUAUGGGCCUUAAAAAUGAUUGACUCGUGGGGCUCGCUGCCUUCGGGAAUUUUGUCUGGCAAUCUGAUAGACCUGGGAAACUUUGACGAGUGCCUGGGCAUAGAUCACCCUGUAGCUAACAGCAGUCGCAGGGUUCAGGGAAAGUACUGCCUGGCCAGGUUUGAAGUGGCGCCCAGUAUUUCCACCUACUUGGCCCUGAAGACGGCGGUCUGCUUUCCCGCCUCCUGUUCCACCGCCCACAUGGAUACGAUGUUGCGUAGAUUAUUGCAGAAUCUCCUCAACAUCGAAUUAAAUCCGGAUGUGCCACUGGUGAGGGAGAGUACGUGCAAGACUAAUGAACGCGAACCCUACGAUGGCCUCACCAUAUUCACCAUAGUUGUGCUUUCUAUACUGGGUGCCCUAAUGGCCCUGUCCACCCUGUAUGAUUACAUAGGGUGCCAGGAUGAAAACAACCUCAAUGCCUGGAUCAAGGCUUUCUCGGCGCGUGCCAACUGUCGAGUUCUCUUCCGUUUGGUGGAACCCAAAAGCAACCCGAAUGUCAUAGACUGCCUCCAUGGAAUCCGUUGCCUCUCCUUCAUCUGGGUUGUCUUCGGCCACGUAUAUCUGGUCUUUGUGUUCGGUCCCAAUAUGAACUAUGUGGAUAUGAACAGGUGGCGCAAAUCUGCGUAUAGCAUGCUUAUACAGCAUGCUGCUUACUCGGUCGACACUUUCUUCUUCCUGAGCGGUCUUCUAUUGGUGGUGAUUGCCCUGCGAGCGAUGGAAAGGACCAAGGGCAAGCUGAAUGUGCCCUUGAUGUAUUUGCAUCGCUAUUUGCGUCUCACACCGGUCCUCGCUUUGGCCAUUAUCGUCUAUAUGAAGAUCCUGCCCCGCAUGGGCGAUGGUCCACUCUACGGAAAGGUCAGCUUUGAUGAUUACUCCGUGUGCGAGGGCACCUGGUUUUGGACCCUUUUGUAUGUCCAGAACUAUGCGACCAACAAAAUGUGCCUGUCUCAUUCCUGGUACCUCGCAGUCGAUAUGCAGCUCUACGUCAUUGCACCCGUACUGCUGAUCGGUCUCUUCAAAUGGAAAAGGAGGGCAAUCGCUGGGAUCUUUGUGCUUAUGCUCCUCCUGGCCGCUUGUCUCUUCAGCACGAUGGUGAUCAAAAACGUUUCACUCCUUGACGUGGGUGAUGAUUCGAUGAAAAAGAUCUACUUCUCAACGCACACGAGGACCUCACCGUAUCUCAUUGGCAUUAUGUUCGGCUACUUCCUGCAUGUCAACCGGGGCAGGUCCUUCAAACUCAACCGCCUGGCAGUCACUUUGGGCUGGCUGGUUAGCCUGACGCUGCUCUUCAGCUGCCUGUUUUCGGUCUUCGGCUAUGCCAGGGAAUCGGAGGCACCGCCCAUUCUGGAGGAGGCCUUCUAUCUGACCUUCAGCCGGAUGGCCUGGCCAUUGGGCCUCUGCUGGGUGAUCUUUGCCUGCAUGCAGGGCUACGGAGGAUUGGCCAAUAGCUUCCUCUCCUCUCCCCUGUGGCAGCCCAUGUCCAGGCUCUCCUACUCCGCCUACAUAUUCCACAUGUUCAUCGAGAGCCUCAACGCCGGACUUACGCGUACCAACACCUACUUCAGUAACUACAAUGUGAUGCUUCGCUUCUGGGGCGACUUUGGUUUCACCAUGCUUCUGGCCUUUGUCGCGUACAUCCUGAUUGAGGCACCUUUUGGUAAUCUAGAGAGCCUCUUGCUGCCCACUAAAAAGCCAGUCACCAAUCUCCCAGCCGGGGAGUCCAAGUCCAAGACGUCAUCUGACCCGCCACUCGAAAAAAAAUCGCCCCUUCCGGAAUAG